CCCAUGGACGCCCCGCUCCACGGCCCGCCCGGCGCUCCCGGGGACGCGCAGGGGCUGCGGCUGCUACAUCCGGAGACGCUGCGCGAAGCCCUCCAGGGCUGUGGGCAGAACCCUGGCGGCCCAGCCCUGGAAGAAGUGCUGGGGGCCACGGGGGUGCUGCGGGAGAGCCUCCUGCCCGGUGCUCUGGCGCAAUAUGUCAGCUGCUUAGAGCUGGUCAACAGAAGACUGCCCUGUGGUCUUGCUCAAAUUGGAGUGUGCUUUCAUUCUGUUCCAAAAAGUGAACAUUCUGUUCCAGAAAAUGAACAACACAACAAAAACCUUACAAGAAUAGGCGAGAGGACCACGUCUUUGCUUGCAUGGUUUAGUUCUCCCAGAACUGCAGGACAGUGGCUCGAUUACUGGCUACGCCAGAGGCUCCAGUGGUGGAGAAAGUUUGCUGUAGGCCCGUCUAACUUCAGCAGCAGUGACUUUCAGGAUGAAGAAGGCAGAAGAGGAUUUAAGUUACAGUACAGCUUCCCUUGGGGAACAGAAACAAUAGAAACAUUGAAGAACCUUGGUGAUACUGAAUUGUUACAGCUGUAUCCAGGAGAGAAAUUAAAAUUGCUGGGCCGAGAUGGAAGGAAGAAUGUCAUCCCUCAUGUUCUGUCUGUGAAUGGGAAUCUGGACCGAGGAGUGUUAGCAUAUCUCUUUGAUUCUCUGCAGCUGGUUGAGAAUCCAUUAACAGCAAAGCAAAAUUCACAGAGAAAGGUACUUAAGCUUCAUCCUUGCUUAGCACCCCUUAAAGUGGCCUUGGAUGUAGGAAAAGGUCCAACAACAGAGCUGAGGCAGGUUUGUCAAGGAUUGUUCAAUGAACUGACAGAAAAUGGAAUUUCUGUAUGGCCGGGUUAUCUGGAAACUGGGCAUAUGUCUCUGGAAAAUCUUUAUGCAAAGUAUGAUGAGAUGAGUAUUCUCUUCAUGGUCUUGAUAAGUGAUAGCACUCUAGAGAAUGGAGUAGUCCAGCUGAGAAGCAGAGACACCACCAUGAAGGAAAUGAUGCACAUUUCCAGGCUGAAGGACUUUUUAACUAAGUAUGUUACAUCAGCCAAAAAUAUGUAAACUUAAACUUGUUGAAUAAAAGGAUUUUCUUAGA